AUGGAGCAAAUACAGGUACAGUUGCAUCAGAAUCCUGUCAUCCACCUCGAUGUAACAGCUAAGGAGUUUACUGCUGCCCUCGCUCAUGUUAACUGCCGCCAUGGUUUCAUCGGUGGAUAUGCAGCGUCUCUUAUUGGUGGAGAGAGGAGGAAAGAUGAUAUGGAUCUCAUCGUUGAUGCAGACCCGGCAAACGUCCGACAAAUGCUACUCCAGGUAUCUGGAUUCCAGUUGACUAGUGUUAAUCACCUGGGUUUCACAUACAAUGACAAGUUGAUCAAAGUCGGGGUUCUUCGUGGUGGCCGCGCCCAAUCGAUGAAGCUACCUGAUGCCAAUUCCAUUCGUCCCUAG